UUAUUUUUUAUAACUCAAACUUUUAUUUCCAGCAGUAAAAUCACAUCAUUCUGCAGCACCUGAAGAAACCGACAAGAUCAAAGUGAACCGAGCGGAAACUUAAAGAAGAUCAAAGAAGAUCAAAGAUGACGUAAAAGUUCUGCUCGAAUGUUUCUGAUUGGUUUCGAUGAGCGGAAGAUCAAUUAAACCUGAUCAUUGAUCCUCUGAUUGAUCUGGAUGCCGGGCGGCCGGUUUGACUUUGAUGACGGCGGCUCGUACUGCGGCGGCUGGGAGCGCGGGACCGCGCACGGGCACGGCGUGUGCACGGGGCCGCGCGGGCAGGGCGAGUACAGCGGCGCGUGGUCGCACGGGUUCGAGAUGGUGGGCGUGUACACGUGGCCGAGCGGGAACACGUACCGUGGGUACUGGGCCCACGGCAAGAGGCACGGGCUCGGCGUGGAGCUGAAGGGACGCUGGGAGUACCGGGGGGAGUGGAGUCACGGGUUCAAGGGUCGCUACGGGGUUCGGCAGACCCGGGACUCACCCGCCAGGUACGACGGCACCUGGAAUAACGGACUGCAGGAUGGAUACGGGGUGGAGACCUACGAGGACGGGAGUACGUAUCAGGGUCAGUGGAUGGGCGGGAUGCGUCACGGUUACGGCGUGAGGCAGAGCGUCCCGUACGGCAUGGCCAUGAGCGUCCGCUCCCCCCUGCGCUCCUCGCUGUCCUCGCUCCGGAGUCUACAGAGCAACGGCGUGGUGCUGCUCCAGGACGUGACCUCUGACCCGCAGCCCCACACUCGGGGCGGCUUCGUCCUGAACGUCCACGGAGAGAAGGCCAAGGCUCAGCUCUUCCGGCGCGGCUCGCUCUUCGGGAGUCUCCGGCAGCUCCGCAAAUCCGAGUCCAAGAGCUCCAUCUCCAGCAAGCGCAGCUCGUCCCGCAACUCCGCCGUCAGCCGCAUCAGCACCAGCGACACCGAGGGCGAGGGCAGGACCGACGCCGAGGACAGGACCGACACCGAGGACAACCUGGAGGUCGAGGACAAAACGGACGCCACCGUCACCGAGUCCUACGCCGGCGAGUGGAGGAACGACAAACGGAGCGGCUUCGGCGUGAGCGAGCGCUCCGACGGAACCAAGUACGAAGGCGAGUGGCUGAACAACCGGCGGCACGGAUACGGCUGCACCGUGUUACAGGACGGAAUCCCCGAGGAGGGAAAGUACAAAAAUAACGUGCUGGUGCGAGGGAUCCGGAGGCAGCUCAUUCCCCUCAAAAACCACAAAAGCAAAGCCAAAGUGGACCGAGCCGCGGAGGGGGCCAGGAGAGCCGCCGCCGUCGCCAGGAACAAGGUGGAAAUCGCCGUUUCAAGGACGACUCACGCCAGGACGAAGGGUGAAGUUGCAGACCAGGCUGCGAUUGCUGCUGAUCAGGAAUCAGAUCUGGCGAGAACCAUAGCCACAGAGUUAGCACCGGACUACCAGCAACCAGGCCUGGAGUACAUCAAACAAAGCCUCAGCGAGCGAGUGGAGGAGGUGCAGGAAGCUGCGCCGGAGGAGGAGGAGAAAAAAGAAGCGGUACAGGAGGAGAACGAAGGCGCUCCCACACCCCCGCCGGCAAAGAAAAACCCUCAAACCGGUAGCGGCGCGGCACGAAAGCUCAGCGUGACGCGUGAGAUCAGCCGAGACCACGCGGCCCCGCCCCGCAGGAUCAGCCGAGUCGAACCAGCCGCCGUCGUGCCCGAGGUCGGCAAAGCUCAAGACGCAGCGCCCCCGAAGCCCCCCAAAAUAAACGGCCAGCUCCACACGGCCUACCACAGCUACUACGUCAAAACCAUCAAGACCAUCCCGCCGCCCGAGGAGCCCGAGGACAAGGAACCCGAAAUGACUCAGUCCAGCCUGGCUCGGAUGCCCCCGCCCCCACCCAAAUCGUUCAGCACGCCCACGCCCAAACCCGAGUCCAGACCCAGGAGCAUUAAGGCCAAGAGUCUCGCCGACACCAAGAAGGUCAGCGUGGAGGUUCUGGAGGAGGUCAAACAGGAGGAAGUGGCUCAGAAUUCUAUUGUGGUUGUCAUGGUGAUGCUUCUGAAUAUUGGACUGGCGAUUAUCUUUGUUCACUUCUUGACCUGAUGGAGCGACGCUUCAGCGCUGGAAGUCCCAGAGUGCCAGGCUGGUUCCUGGCCGUGGGAUCGACAGGAGGAUUGUGGGAAACGCAGCACGUGUCGGGAGGACGGCGUGUAGACCCGUGGCUGCUUUAUCGGUGUUUGAUUAAGACCGGACGACGGAUGAGAGAAGCAGGGAGGCCGACGGGGCGCUGAUCUGACCCCAUCUGAUCCGAGCGCUCGGUGUUGGAACGCCGGUGCACUUUAGCAUGACGAGCACCGACAGCUGCGGCGCGCUCCGCUCCCCUGACGUGUUCAGUACAGAGAUUUAUCUUCAGCUCAGAGGAAUGUGUUCAGCACGCGCUCCACACUCGACCCAACACACCUACCGUCACGAGCACGGCCUCGUCCCACGCUGCUGCUGCGGCCAGGCUCACGUCCGUACCACGUUUUUAUACCGUAAUGUUAUCCGAUAACGAAAAUACCGACGUUCUUCAUGCUGCAUUUUUCCUACAGACUUAAAAAUUCAGCUGCAGCUUCAUUCAGGUUCCUUCACCAGGCCUCCAUCACACGUCAUCAUUAUAUAAAACAUUUAGAGUUCAGAGUUUCUUUGGUUCUGUGCAGCACGUGGCACAAAAUUAAAGAAAAAAAGCUUCGUUCUGACGUUAAACAGUUCCAUACAGUAUUUGGUCGAAAGUAUGUGGACGCCCUUUUAGAUUUAGAGUUCAGGUGUUCCAUCCACGCCCACAGCUCACACUGAGGUGCAUUAAAUAAAUAUAUAAAAUACAGUUCAGGCCGCUCAGGUGGUGCAGCGGUAAAAACACAUGCUGGAACCAGAGCUGGGAUCUCAAAUACAUCAUAUCAAGUCUCGGCUCUGCCUGCCGGCUAAGGCUGAGCGGCCACGUGAACAACGAUUGGCCUGUUGUUCAGAUAUGGGCGGGACUAAGCCGGAUGGGGUCUCUCUCUCUCAUAACUGAUGCAAUUACGACCUCUGCUGGCUGAUUGAUGGCGCCUGCACAGAGACGGGAAAAGAGUGAGGAUCAGGGUGUGUCUCUCUGUACACAGUGCUGAGCUGCACUGCACUCGUCAAAGUGUGGUUGACAAAAUGCAUACGUCUGCUGCCCACGUGUCAAAGGGGGCUUCGUUCUCCUCAAUCAGAGUGGGGAUCGGCAUUGGUGGAGAGGACGCGCGACGCAAUCGGGUAAUUGGACGCGUUAAAAGGGAGAAGAAGGGAGAAAAUGCAUAAGCAAAAUAUAUAUAAAAAAUACAUUUUAGAUUUAACUUUACAGCAACAGUUUAAGGAAGGCUCUUUCCUGUUCCAGCAUGAUGAGCUCUGUAAGCGAGCUCUGUAUAGACGUGGAUCGAUGUGUUUGGUUUGGAGGAACUCCAGAGUUUUGGCUUCAACCCUACUGAACACUUUCGGGACUCGGUGUUGCACAGUUGACCGUGUAAAGGUGACACCAUUAUGGGCACAAAUUCCAACCUUGUGCACAGGUGACCACAUACUUUUAGCUCCUACGAUGCUUCUGAACGUGUUAUGAAGGCCUGGUGUAGAAACCUUUGGAAUAAGCUGUCGGCAGCGUAUCGCGAUGUAUCGCCCGGCUGAUUAUCGGGGCGUACGAGUUUUCAUGUCGUGUUGCAUGGUGGCUUUUAUUAUUUAUGUUUAUUUUCCUCUGUUGUAGAAUCACAACUCAGUUCUUCGUUCUGCUUCUUCUGCAGCGAUAAUCAAGUAGAGAAUGUUGUGUUUUCUUAGAUGUGCAAUAGAAUUCACUUUAAAAUCUAAAUUAUUUAUAAAUACGACUUGCUGUAAAUCCGAACCCGUGAGCGGCGUCACGUGGACGAGCAGUUUACUGAAACGCUGAGGAUGCAGAAACGUGUAAGGUGUUUGUAUUUGUGGAUUGAUGGCUGCUGUGCAUGUGCUUUUCUUCUAUUUAUGCGAAUGAGCAGACAUGAGCCGAUAAUCACUUUAUGAUGUAGAAUUAAAUUGUAGUAACUUUUUAAUCUUUGGUAAUGGGGGGCAGAUUUUGGAGGGAGAAAACGACCAAUCAUUGAUCAGUUUAAUACUAAGAAGGCUUUAGGAUUGACGUAACGAUGCACGUGUUAAUAUACGGCAUGAAUGGUCGCAUCUGAGGGAGUCUGAGCCUGCACAAGUGGUGGAUUUUCCACCUGAGUAUAGUGUGUUCCUCCAUGUGUAAUGACUCUUUGUAGGAAAGAAAAGAAGAACCUGAUGGUUUUAUGUGUUGGGGUGGGUGCUAGUGAGCAGUUCUCUCUGGCCAGCGUGGAAUGCAGUGUGUGUGUGUGUGUGUGUGUGUGGUUACUUCCAGAACACCAACACAUCCGCAUGUACAGGGCAGCAUGUCAGAUCUGAGAAUAACUGCAAUGCUGGUGCUAAUGCGCCGGUGCUUUAUUUCUAAUUCAUGUGAUUAAAUAAAUGGUGGCAUUAUUUAAAAAAAGGAAAAAUUUGGAUGCAAUUAGGAAUAAAUAAAUGAUUAAUAAUUAUUUAUUAGUUAGUUCUCAGUGCAUCAUAAAUCUGAUUAUCGACUCGCGCCUGCUUUACAAAACAGACUAAGAUGAUUGUUAUUUAAGAGGAUUUAUGUAUAAAAGUCUGAACUUUGUUUGCAUGUGGGAGGAAACAGAAUAUAAAUAAUAAUUCUGUAGGUUUGAUGUAGAAUUAUUUCAGGUCUGUGCUGCAUUAAACGAGGAGGUUUUUUGUUUACGUGCUCGGGUGGAGCAGCAGUUACACCCCGAAAAAAAACUAAAAAAAAAAAGAGUAAAAGGUUUCGUCUUAAUUUAUCUCGUUCGUUCGGGAACAGAGUGGUGAUGGGAUUAGAUUUAUUCAUUAUUAUUAUUAUUAUUAUUAAUAUUAUUAUUCAUUAUUAAAAGCCUGGAGGGAUAUUUAUUCUAGAGUUUGUAGUAAAAUCUGGAUUGCUUUAAGAAUUGCUUUUGGUAUUUUUGUCUCAGUUGCUUUUGGCUUUUAUUGACAUUUCUUAAAGGUGCUCUGUUGGUUGCACUUCUGUAUUCAAACUAAGAGCUGAAAUGAAGUUACAAUUUUACUAAAAAUAAUAUUUUUUAGCAUCCUGAACAAAAUGAUUGGAUCUGUUAGACUAUAUAAGUAUAUAAGUAUAUAAAUAUAUAAAUAUCAUUUGUAUUAUUUGAGUUGAUUUUGUGGAUGAUUUAGGCAGCGUAUACCAUUUUUCAUGUCUUGUAAUCUGAUCAUGUUUACUGAUAAAAACGUAAUUAUUUUUGUACAAAAAAAACAACUCUUGCACAAAGAAAUCAUUUCUACACAAUAGAACACAGUUGUUGGUAUUUUUCUACACGUUUGCAGGAUUAUUUUGGAUGAAAGGUUUCGUAUUCAGGAGCUUCACUCACAUUUCUGCACAAAAAGAAAGAAAAAAGCUGAAACUUGAAGAAUGAUCUUUUAUUUCAGAUAUUUAAUCAGAAGAAAAGAGGAGCGAUGUUUAAUUUAGGAGAUUUAAGAGUUUGAAGCAUGUUGAAGCCCCAGUGACGUUUGUACUCUGGAGAUUGUGAGAAAUGAUCUGUGUAUAACAAUAAAACGUUAUACAUCA